GAUAAAAGGGGAGGCAGCGGGAGCGCUCUCACUCCCCCGGGCUCCGGCGCAGCUUCCCCCGAGCUUUGCGAGAGCGAGGCAUCCUCAGGCACCCUCUGCGCAGCAUGUCCCGCUCGGUGACCUUCAGCUCCCGCUCGGCCGCGGGGCCGGCGCUCAGCCAGGUGCGGGUCAGCUCCGUGUCCUCCACCCGCAGCUCCGGCCUCGGCCGCGCCGGCGGCUUCGGCAGCGCCAGCCUCUACAGCCUGGGCUCCGGCAAGAGGGUCAGCCUGGGAGGGGGCAGCUCCUUCAGCGUCCGCUCGGGCUACGGCUAUGGGGGAGCGGGCUUCGGGGGCAGCCUCAGCCCCGGCGGCAUCCAGGAGGUCACCAUCAACCAGAACCUGCUGACGCCCCUCAACCUGGAGAUCGACCCCAGCAUCCAGAGGGUCCGCAAGGAGGAGAAGGAGCAGAUCAAGACCCUGAACAACAAAUUCGCCUCCUUCAUUGACAAGGUGCGGUUCCUGGAGCAGCAGAACAAGAUGCUGGAGACCAAGUGGAGCCUGCUCCAGGAGCAGAAGACGACGCGGAGCAACAUCGCUCCCAUGUUCGAGUCGUACAUCGCCAACCUGCGGCGGCAGCUGGACGGGCUCCUGGCGGACAAGGGGCGCCUCGAGGGCGAGCUCAGGAACAUGCAGGACCUCGUGGAGGACUUCAAGACCAAGUACGAAGAUGAGAUCAACAAGCGCACGGCGGCCGAGAAUGAGUUUGUGGUGCUCAAAAAGGAUGUGGAUGCUGCCUACAUGAACAAAGUGGAGCUGGAGGCCAAGGUGGAUGCUCUGACAGAUGAGAUCAACUUCCUGAGGGCUUUCCAUGAGGCGGAGCUGAACGAGCUGCAGGCGCAGAUCUCGGACACCUCGGUGGUGCUGUCCAUGGACAACAACCGCAGCCUGGACCUGGACAGCAUCAUCGCCGAGGUGAAGGCGCAGUACGAGGACAUCGCCAACCGCAGCCGCGCCGAGGCCGAGGCCUGGUACCAGAGCAAGUACGAGGCACUGCAGGUGACAGCUGGCAAGCACGGGGACGACCUGAAGAACACCAAGAACGAGAUCACGGAGAUCAACAGGGUCAUCCAGAGGAUCCAGGGGGAGAUCGAGAACGCCAAGGCCCAGCGAGUGAAGCUGGAGGCGGCCGUGGCCGAGGCUGAGGAGCGCGGGGAGCUGGCCCUCAAGGACGCCAGGGCCAAGCUGGCCGAGCUGGAGGACGCCCUGCAGAAAGCCAAGGCCGACAUGGCCCGGCAGCUCCGGGAGUACCAGGAGCUGAUGAACGUCAAGCUGGCCCUGGACAUCGAGAUCGCGACCUACAGGAAGCUGCUGGAGGGCGAGGAGAGCAGGUUGGCUGGGGAUGGAGUUGGCAACGUCAACAUCUCCGUGGUCAGCUCCAGCGGCGGAUACUCCGGCUCCGGCGGGCUCCUGGCAGCGGGGCUGGGAGGCCUCAGCCUGACGCCAGGGAUGGGCAGCUCGGCGCUGGGGCUCUCCUCGGGAGGCUCCUCCAGGUCCUACACCGUCACCACCACCUCCUCCAGCCGCAGGAGCGUCAGGAAGUAGCUCCAGGGACGGAGCUCGGCGCUGCCAGCGCCCAGGAAAGGGAAACCGCGGAGAGAAAAGCCUCGGUGCCUUCUGCAGGAUGAAUUGGCUGCAAAAAUCCUGCAGUGCUGAGGCCCUGCCCUGCCCGGGCUUGAUCCUGCGCUCUCGGGUUUGAGCCGUUCCCCUGGGAGCAGGAUCAAGCCCGUGGGGUGGAAUUUAUCCCGGGAUGCAGGUGGGGUAUCCCUGCUGUUACCCCUGUGCUUGGUACCCCCUGCUCCGGGCUGGAUUUCACCCUUGGAAAGGCAAAUCCCACAUUUCUGCUGUGCUUCUGCAAAAGGCCAGAAGAUUCUUUCCCUCCUAACAGGAUUUGGAAGACUCCAAUCCCUCAGGGGCCUCAGCCCCUGCCUAGGGCUCACCCUGGGUUGGGUUUUUUAAAUUUAAAUAGGAAGAAAACCAUGAUAUAGGAAGAAAACGGGUUUGGGUCUCCCCUUAUUUUCUUUGGAAA